CAGAGUUCAUGUAUUGGCAAAGACCAACAUUUUACUCUUUGUUCAUAAAGUGUAGUGUUUACAGUGUUUUGCGGUGGUUAACCGCUUUCAAAAAGUGAGUGUUUCACAUCCACAUGAUGAAGAGUAGUUCUUCGAAUCAGCAAAAAUUGAUUAUUAUUUGUAUAACAAAAAUGGCAGUAUUCAGAUCGAGGUGAAAGGUCUCGUUAAUACACGUCCGAAUAUAUCUGCUGAAUGAAAAAAAACGACUGAAAAACAAUUAUCGGCAUCGCAUUGAAUAUACAAUAUGAACGCGUGAAUGUCAAAACACAAUUCAGAAUUCAGUUUAUUUAAAAAAAAAGAGCACCAUUGACAGACCAAAAUGAGCAACAUUCUUGUUUAAGACAUUUGUUUUCUCCCAAGGUGAGAAAAUAUAGGCAAAACAGAUGUUCUCUGGCAAUAUUGUUAAAAAUCAAACAAAGGCGUAAAAAUAAUUGUCCACCAACACGUGUGUUUUGUGACGGUUUCAACGAACUGGCGAUUCUUAUCAAGAACAGAGAAUUUAUCGUGCUGAUCGGAAUUGAGAUUAUUUAAAUAAAAUUAUAAAAUCCAGUGAUUUUCCAAAGAAAAAAAUUCCAAUCUUGUACAAGAUCAUUUACUGAUUUAUUUUUCAAAGUGUAUCGACAAAAUACUACUAAUGAGAUAAGAAAUGAGCAAUUCGCUAUAUGAAUUUUUUGGUGACGAACUGCAUGAAUGAUUAAAUAACCAAAAAAAGAACACAAACACACACACACACACAAGAAUUACAAAUACCACAACUUGCAGCGGCAAAACACGAUAAUGUACGAAACAAAUAGUAAGAUGGUUUUGUUGUGUGAAUUUGCUGAUCACAGGAAGUCCACACAUUUGGGCCAAUGAUUUUGUUUAUACAAUUUGGUUUUUAAAAUAACGAAAAUAGAAGAUGUUUGCUAGUAGUGUUUUUCCAUAGCGUUGAGAUACAUCGAUCGUUAGCAUCUAGUUCAAGAUCAAUCAUUUUAAGGAGAAAUUUUGUUUCGAAUUCAUUUUAUUGGCACGAAUCGAUAUUGUGUAUUUUCACAAGUGAAUUUCAGCCGAUGGGUCAAGGCACAAUUAAAUGUGUGUGUUUUUUUCAUUAUUGAAAUGUGAAAUUGAAAUAUGCACUACAUUUGAUAUCGUAAUGCGGUAAUGACUUUGAGAAUUGGUUUUGGCAUUCAAGUGUAUUUUCGUUAUCCAAAAAUUAUUGAACAAUCGUUAAGCGCCCAAAAUUUGUGAAUUUCAUUUGAAAUAAAAACAAACAAAAACAAUUGAAAAAUUCGGCACGUAUAAAACAUAAUUGAUUGUUUUUUUUUUUGGUGGAAAUAAGCUAAGUAGUGAAUGAAACCAACUGAUAUUUAAUUGAGCAUUUCCGUUCACAUCGUUUGAUGAUCGAACGAAAAUGAAAAGAGCAUUCCAAACUAAAUGGAUAUGAGAUGAAGGGAGCCAAGUGAAAGAGACAUGUGAAAGGCGCUGCAAAAAGUAUGGGGUUUCAUACAGAGAAAAAACGUGCAGAUCAUGGAUCUAGUGAAAUUUUAUAUACAUCGUUGGAACAAAAUGAAUCGAAUUUCUUGUUAUCACAAAACGACAUCGUGGAAGACGAUUAUCCAACAUAUAUUCAUUCUCAGCCACAUGGUUCAAGAAGAUCUCCAGAACUAGUCAGUGCAAAAAACGGAAGUAGGCGAAAACGACUAUGCAUCGCAUUGGCUCUUCUAUGUGUGAUUGGAUUGUGCAUCGCAGGUCUAGUAUAUUAUGGUGGAAUUAAAAAGGGGGUAGCCAAAAGCAAAUUGGGAUUGACUGAAACCGGCAACCCUGUAACACUUAACGAUAUUUUGGACGGUAGAUUUUAUGCACGGCACAACAAUGCCUCGUGGAUCUCGGAUACACUACUAUUUUAUCGUGAUUCCGCAGGCAAUAUCGUGACUUUUGAUGUUAACACAAACAAAACCAAUAUAUUAGCAGAAGCACAUAUACCAGCGAUUGCUGCAUCAUUCUCCCAAGAAAUUUCGCCAGAUCAUCGUUUCCUAUUGCUUGGAAAAGACUAUCAAAAGAUUUUCCGACACAGUGCUUUGGCUCGAUACGAUAUUCUGGAUUUAAAAACAAAGGAACUGUUCAAGUUGUCCGAUGAUUUAUUGGCAUUGGCUGAAUGGGGUCCAAUUGACAAUAGUAUAUUGUACAUUCAAGAGAAUAACAUUUACUAUAAGCCGAGUGUUGUACAUCCAGCCAUUCAAAUAACAAAUGACGGAAACGCCAAUAUUUACAAUGGAAUCUGUGAUUGGGUUUACGAAGAAGAAGUAUUUUCAACGAAAACUGCCGCAUGGAUUUCGCCAGACAAUAAAAAAUUAGCCUAUGUACAAUUUGAUGAUACACCUGUCAACCAUAUUGCCAUCCCAGUCUAUGGUCAGGCUGGCAAUUCACGCGAUCAAUAUCCAGGCAUUAUAGAUUUUCCAUAUCCAAAAACGGGAACAAACAACCCGUUGGUCAAACUAUUCCUUGUUGAUUUGACGAGUGUGUCGCCAAAUGAGAAUGUGAACAAAACUCAAAUUCCGCCGCCAGCAGAAUUACGUGAAAAGCAACACAUUAUCGCCGUGUCAACUUGGGCAAAUAAUGAUACAUUGAUUUCGGCGUGGAUGAACCGCGUCCAAAAUCGUGCAAUCAUUGAAGCAUGUGAGGGAAACAAGUGUCGGCAGGUUUUGGAUUUAUAUAGUGCAAACGGAUGGGUGGACUUCUUCAAAGCACCAACCUUUAACAAGAAUGGCACACAAUUUUUGUACAUUGCACCACAAUUGCAGAAGGAAGCAAACGAUUCGUACCAACAUUUGACGUUGGUGUCAGUGGAUUCGGGAAAACAAAAGCCGAUUACAUCGGGCGAAUUCGUUGUUCUGGACGUGUUGCACUGGAACGAAGAUACAAACACAGUUUUCUAUGCUGCCAAUGACAAAAACGCCUCAUACGUUAAGCACAUUUGGUCUGUUCAACUUAAUUUACCGAGCGAGAAACAAUGCUUAACAUGCAAUAUCAGCCGAGCUGAUGUUCCGCAAACCUAUUUUACCGCCAAAUUUAGUCCAGAUGGAAAACAUGCUGUAAUAAGUAAUGAUGGACCAUCUCUGCCGCGCACUGAUGUCGUUCGACUUUCCGCACACAACUCAUCUGAAUUGAUAUUCCUGCGGAACUGGGAAAACAAUCAUGGAUUGCAUGAAUCGUUGACCAAUGUUUCGCUACCAACGAUAAAAUAUCAUCAAAUUCCGUUGAAAAAUGGUUAUGAUGCUGUUGUGAGACUGCAAUUGCCACCAAAUAUGGAUACGAGUGGAAAAACCAAGUAUCCUAUGUUGGUUGACGUGUAUGCUGGUCCCGGCUCUUACGCCGGACUCGAUAAAUGGGAUGUUGGAUUCAGUGCAUAUUUGGUUACAAGCCGAAAAUACAUUUUGGCACAAAUCAAUGGACGAGGUUCAGGAAACCGUGGAGAAAACCUUUUGCACACUAUCUACCGUGCGAUGGGAACCGUCGAAGUUGAAGAUCAAAUUGAAACUGCCAAGAAACUGACGGAUUUAUUCCCAUUCAUCGACGAAAAUAAUGUCGCGAUUUGGGGAUGGAGCUAUGGUGGUUUCACAUCGGGAAUGGCAUUGGCUAGCGAUAAUUCGCAUGUAUUCAAAUGUGCUGCUUCUGUUGCUCCGGUAACGGACUGGUUGUACUACGACACAAUGUAUACCGAACGAUACAUGGGAUUACCAUAUAGAGAAGAUAACGGCGAAGGUUACGAUCGAGGAAGACUAAGCACUAGGGCCAAUGACUUCAGAAAUAAAACUUAUCUACUUGUCCAUGGUAGUUUGGACGAUAAUGUGCAUUAUCAACAGUCCAUGUCACUUGCCCGCGAACUCGAACUACAUGAUGUUCCCUUUGAGCAAAUCACUUACCCAGACGAAGAUCACAGCCUUUGGGGAGUGCGAAGGCAUUUGUACCAUGCACUGGAUGCGUUCUUUGCUAAAUGCUUAACAACAAACACCAAACAAACAUCUUCGUCCAAAUGAAGUUCUCCAAAGUAUUCGAUUCAAAUCAACUAGAACGCUUCAAAUUUUGUUUUUUUUUGUUUUGUUUAGUUUUUUUUUCUUUGUGGAGAUUUAUUUUGUUAUACCAUUAAGUAUACUUACCGCGCAAGCAUCGCCAACAAUCGGUUUAAAGUAAGAAUGGAAGAAGUCUGGAAAUGUAUGAAAACCCCAGUGGUGCAAAACAAAAAUUGUUGUAAUAAAAGAAGUAAUUGUAAUUAACAUUA